CCCAUGGCCCCCCAAUAUAUGCGUUCAACCGAACUAGACCUUGUUUGAGUGAAGUAGAUAGAUGCCCAAUUCCGUCAAACCCCCGCAUAGGGGGGUCUGACCUGGGCAAGCACCAUGAUUGCGCCCACACCCCCCAAAGCCAAAGACUAUAAUUAAUGUUCAAUAAAAAAUGGCGACAUUGCCUUCAGCAUUGAGUUUUUAUAGUCUCGUUUGGGUCCUGUUGUUCCUUGACUCGGGAAAGUCUCUUCUUAACAUUCGUACAAACAAGCAUCAAAUUCUCGUCACCACCAGUUAUAUAUCUGUUCACAAUGUCUUGCGUUGAGAGCGCCGCUCUAAAAAGUAGUGCGCCAACCCCAAAUAACCGUACGCGAUACUCUUUUGAGCAUCCAUGGUUUGAAGAAAUCCGUUCUGAGUGGGAGAGCAUCACCACCCCGCUGCGUGGGAAGAAACUCAGAAUCCUCGAGAUCGGUUCGUUUGAAGGUGCCUCUACAACAUGGAUUCUCGAUAACCUCAUGGACCACCCCGAGUCCAGCAUGGUCGCGGUCGAUCACUUUGGCGGCGGUAUGGACCAUCAUGUCGAACCCAUUGAGAACUACAACUUCAAUGCGCUAGAGGCUCGCUUCCGAAGUAACAUCUCCAAGUGCGAGAACAGUAGCAAGCUCGAGUUGAUGAAGAUGAGCAGCGACGACGCCCUACUUAAGCUCAGGCAAGCCCGAGAUGAGUUCGAUUUCAUAUAUAUCGAUGCCUCUCAUGUGGCAAUUGAUGUACUGCACGAUGCUGUGCUUUGUUGGCGCAUGCUGAAGGAAGGAGGCACGCUCGUGUUCGACGAUUUCAGUUGGAAGGGGUACAUGGAGCACUGCUAUAAUCCUCGGAUUGCCAUCUUUUCAUUUGUUCGGUGUGCUGAGCCCGAGGUAGAAUACAAGGAAACGGAAUCACAAGUUUGGAUCACAAGGGUUCCGAAUAAGCUCAAGGCGACAAGGAAUCAAGACCCUACCUUGAUGUACGGUGAAGACGAAUUGAGAGCAUUUUUCAAUGCUUCAUAGUACUUGAUUCUCUGAUAGAAAGGGAUACAACCCUCUGACACUGGGUAUUCUGCUUUCACUGGCACUAAAAGUAGUCCUUUAGCCUCAAUUUACUCUAUCUAACGUAGAAUGGAUCAAUCUGGGGCAUAGUUCUAUAUAGAAUACGAUCAAUGACUCAUAAGAGUUACUUUUAGAUCAAGACAAUAAUGGAUUCGUUUAUCCACAAAA